AUGGUGAAAGUGGCACAGGGAAGAGUGUGGACUGGUAAAGAAGCAGCUUCACGAGGUUUGGUUGAUGCUAUUGGUGGGUUUUCCAUUGUUGUCGCCAUGGCAAAACAGAAGGCUGACAUGCCCCUGGGCAGAGAGGUUACUCUUGUUGAGUUAUCAAGACCGUCGCCAACCUUGCCGGAAAUCUUAGUUUGCAUUGGUAACAAUAUGGUUGGGGUGGAUAGGACAUUGCAUGAAUUACUUCAAGACUUGGCAUCUUCUGAUGAAAUUCAAGCCCGGAUGGAUGGAAUCAUGUUUCAGAAACUGGAUGGUGUUUCGAAUUCCAGUCCUCUCUUCACUUUGAUUAAAGACUACUUGAAUUCCCUCUGACUUCUUAU